AUGGCGCCCUGGAACGAUUCGGGUGACGAGCGACGUCCGCCUGGCGCGCCGCGUCCGAGCCUCUUUUCCCGGAUCUCACAGAUGUCCAAGCGCUCGUUCCUGUCACAUUCCUCGUCCUUUGAAGCCGACGACGAGCGAUCUAGCAUCGGCUCGCUAGCCGCUGACGACGAUUUUGCCGCCAUCAUGAGUCGCAACCAGAGUAGGCGUAGCAGCGCCAGCUUUGGGACCGAAACGGGAACGGGAACCGCGAGCAGCGCCUUUGGUGUUGGCCCACCGCCUCGUUAUCCUGGUGAUGAUACCCGCCCUACCAGUCGCAAGGAGCUCGCCGGCUGGUAUGCCUAUUCCUUUGCUGCUGAGGUCUAUGUUAUCUGCGGAAUCGGUUCCUUCAUACCGAUCCUUCUGGAAAGCUUGGCCAGGGAGAAUGGCGUGCUACUCUCCGACCGAACAACGCCAUGCGGAUCCAGCUCGGAGAGGAUUGGGGACGACGGCGGACAAUGCGUCGUCUACGUCCUUGGCUUGGAGAUUAACACGGCAAGCUUCGCCAUGUACACAUUUAGCGUAAGCGUUUUGAUACAGGCCCUGUUGGUUGUCAGUAUCAGCUGCGCAGCGGAUCACGGCAACUACCGCAAGAAGCUCCUACUCGCCUUCGCCUGGAUCGGCAGCGCAGCAGUCAUGCUCUACAUAUUUGUCGCUAAGAACCUCUACAUAUUCGGCGCGCUUCUUGCCAUCAUCUCCAACACGUCGUUCGGCGCAUCCUUCGUGCUCCUGAAUUCGUUUCUACCGCUACUCGUCCGUCAUCACCCCGAAUUCACCCACCACGAGGCCGCCAUCGUCGCCGAGGAUGACACAGAUUUUGAGGCCGAGCCAGGGAUGAUUGACUCAACCGCGGCAUUGUUGUCCAGAGAAACUGAGCUGGAGGAGGGGCCAGAGUUGGUGCGGGUGAAGACGCGGGAGGAUUUGACUUCUCACGAACUCAGUCUGUCCACGCAAAUUUCCGCCAAGGGUAUCGGUAUCGGGUAUAUUGCCGGGCUGUUCCUGCAGUGCGUGGCCAUCUUCAUCCUCAUCCAGAUGAAAAACACCACCUGGUCCCAGCGGGUUGUCCUCUUCGUCAUCGGCGCCUGGUGGGCCGUUUUUACUAUCCCGGCCGCGAUGUGGUUGCGUCCCCGGCCUGGUCCGCCGCUCCCGGCCUCGUCCCGCGAGACCAGCAUCCGCGCCUUCAUAUCAUACACCCUCUACGCCUGGAAAUCUCUUUUCCGCACCAUCCAGCUCGCCCGCCGCCUCGUUGACAUCAUCCUCUUCCUCGGUGGCUGGUUCCUCCUUUCGGACGCCAUCGCUACCACUUCGUCCACCGCCAUCCUUUUCGCCAAGACCCAGCUGCACAUGGAGCCUUGGGCCCUGGGCAUGAUCAACGUCAUCUCUACAGCCGCCGGCAUCACUGGGGCCUUUUCAUGGUCUUGGAUUUCACGCCGUUUUCAACUAAAGGCCCACCACACCAUCUUAGCCUGUAUCGCUUUGUUCGAGAUCAUUCCGAUCUACGGCCUGUUAGGCUACCUGCCGUUCGUGAAAAAUUGGGGCGUGUUCGGUCUUCAGCAGCCCUGGGAAAUGUAUCCCCUUGCCGCCGUUUACGGCUUCGUCCUCGGCGGCCUAAGUGGAUAUUGUCGUUCGCUGUACGGCGAGCUGAUCCCGCCCGGAUCCGAGGCGGCCUUUUAUGCCCUGUACGCUAUCACCGACAAGGGGUCCAGCGUGUUUGGCCCGGCGAUUGUCGGUGCCAUCAUUGAUGCGUAUGGAGAAAUUCGUCCCGCGUUUUGGUUUUUGGCGGCCUUGGUUGGUUUGCCUGCGCCGCUGAUCUGGUGGAUUGAUGUGGAGAGGGGCCGGAGCGAGGGGGAGAAGUUGGCGGAGGUUAUUGAGGGGUUUAAAGUUGGGCAGCGCAAUGCGGAGAGGGAUAGCGAUGAGGAGAGUAGGGCGAUCUUGGAUGCCUAUGACGAAGAGACGGAUCGUUGA